UCGUGUGUGCUACUCCACACUAUAAAACCUCUGGACCCUCAUUCUCAUUUUCCUUGUGGGUAUUAAUACCUGAUUUCAAUACUGAAAGACUGUUCCUUUUUUGUUCCCAAUGGCUGCAGUCACCUCCUCUUCUCUCUUGAGGAACUGUGCAGCAACAACUGUGAGAGCUUUUGUGACUGUGAAAGCCUCCAAUUCCAAUUUCAGAACUUUCCUUCUUCCUCCUCACUCUCGCAGGUCCCUGUGUCGUGUUAGCGCUACAAACAAUGAAGAGGCUGCUGCCAAGGUAGCUGCAGCAAAUGCCGACAGUGGAGCUCCAACAAUAUUUGACAAGAUCAUAGCAAAGGAAAUCCCAUCGACCAUUGUAUACGAGGAUGAUAAGGUCCUGGCAUUUCGGGAUAUCAACCCACAGGCUCCUGUGCAUGUUGUUAUCAUCCCAAAGAAUAGGGAUGGGUUAACAGAGCUGGGAAAGGCUGAAUCUAGGCAUGUGGAAAUAUUGGGUCAACUUCUGUAUGCUGCAAAAAAAGUUGCUGAGAAAGAAGGUAUUCUUCACGGGUUUCGUGUGGUUAUCAACAAUGGUCCAGAGGGAUGUCAAUCUGUUUAUCAUCUCCACUUGCAUCUCCUUGGUGGGAGACAGAUGAAAUGGCCACCUGGUUGAAUAUGCAAAACUGAUGGACGGUAAGGGUGAUCUUAAUCUUCACCGCAUGAGGAAUCAGAAGACUAGAAGAGAUAGCUGUGGUAGCUUUUCUUAGUUUGGGUAUUGUUUCUUAAUACGUAAUGUAUCAUUUUGGUAAUAUUACCUAGUGUCCAAAUAAGUUUAGGAUUACCUAGUGUCACUUGUAAUAGAGUUGGCAUAUUCCUACUUGUACUCGAAGUCACAUAAUCAGGAAUAUAAUAUUUUUGUUAA